GUUUUCUAGUUACGCCCCGCCCUCCCUCGCGCAUGCGCAGUGUGUCCAGGACAAUCAUCCAGUGUGCAAGAGGAAUUGUACAGACGCUGAAUAAACGCUUUAAGAUGGCCAGCAGAACCGAGUCCAUCAAGGACCUUUGCACCCCAGCUUUCGUUGUGGACCUGGACAUUGUGAGAAGAAACUCAGACGCGAUGCAGGACCGCUUCCGGAAGCUCGGAGUGCAGCUCCGACCUCACAUGAAAACCCAUAAGACACUGUGAGACUGAUUAAUACACAAGUGGGUUUUGUUGUGUAUAAACACAAGCCAGUUAUCCGCUUUACCAGGCCAGUGUAGAAAGUGUGGCUUCUUCAAACCAGUUUCUCACUUACAGCAACUCUGAACAGAAUUCCACAGAUCUGUUUUAUAAACCUUAUAAACCAUGUAUUUAAAUGCACAAUGACAUUUCUGCCUUUUUAUUAGAGCCAUGGAGCUUUUUAUCCCUGAGAUUUCCACUGACCGGACACAGUAGAUUCCAGUAAAGGUUAUUUCUGCAGUAGCUAAUAUUGAAUCAGGGUACAUUAGGUCCAAGGUAUGAUGUGAAUAAAAU